AUGUCCUGCCCUCUGCACCGCAACCCGCCCUUCCGCGCCGAACACCUCGGCUCCCUCCUGCGCACUGACAAGCUGCUCGAGACGCGCCACGCGUGGGAAGCGGGCAAGGCGUCGGAGUCGGCCCUGCAGGAGGUUGAGGACGGCGACAUCAAGGACAUCGUGGCUCUGCAGCUGGAGCUGGGCUUCCACGCCCUGACCGACGGUGAGUUCCGCCGCCACAUGUUCUGGGGCUCCUUCUGGCCGGGGCUCGAGGGCAUGACCGAGAUCGAGCACCCGGACCCGGACCUCUUCAGGAUGUACAUUCCCGACAUCGCCGCUUUCACCGAGGAGGGCUACAAGCCCGGCGAGACCGUCCUGUGCACGGGAAAGAUCAGGCACAAGGGCAGCACCUACACCGCCCAGUUCGAUUUCCUCAAGGGCCUCGUCCCGCAGUCCCGCUGGAAGGAUCUCAAGCUCACCCUCGCCGCCCCCAAUUGGUACCAUCUGAGGUACAAGCAGGGCAAGGCUUAUCCCGCCGACGUGUACAAGAACGACGAUGAGUACUUUGCCGACAUUGCCAAGGCGUAUCAGGAGGAACUGAAGGUCUUGUACGAGCACGGGUUGAGGAAUGUGCAGUUUGAUGAUCCGAAUUUGGCUUACUUCUGCUCCGAAGCCAUGAUCGCAGGUUGGGAAAAGGAUCCCCUGAACACUUACUCCACCGACGAACUCCUCGCCAAGUACAUCGACCUGUACAACGCGUGCAUCUCUCAAAUCCCCUCCGACAUGCACGUCGGCGUCCACCUGUGCCGGGGCAAUUUUGUCAACUCGCGCCACUUCUCCGAGGGCGGCUACGACCGCAUCGCCACCCUGCUCUUUCAGAAGCUCAACAUGCACACCUACUACCUCGAAUACGACACCCCGCGGGCCGGCGGCUUUGAGCCGCUCCAGCACCUGCCCAAGAACAAAAACGUCAUCCUCGGCGUGGUCACCAGCAAGUUCCCCAAGAUGGAGGACGAGGACGAGAUGGUCGAGCGCGUCAAGGAGGCCGCGGGCUGGAUGUGCAAGGGGACAGGCGAGACUGAGAAGGAAGCACUCAACAGGUGCGGCGUGAGUCCGCAGUGCGGGUUCGCCAGUCAUUCUAGCGGCAACGCCGUCAAGAGACCCGAUAUGGUGGAGAAGUUGAAGCUGGUGAGAAGGAUUGCCGAUCGCAUUUGGCCUGGGGAGCCGUGA